ACUUCGCCGGACUAGCAAAUUUAUAGUGACUGUAGACAUGAUUCGUGACUCGUGAGCGAACUGAUUAUGAAGAUGUAAAAACAAAACUGCAUUUAUACUUUUCUGUAUAACAACGAUAAUAACUAAACAAUUUUUCCGAUGGCGACCGACGCUCAACCGAAAAUUCCGUGCAAUGAUCCGACCAAAUUUUGUCGCCUUUGCUUCUCGCAACAAGAUAUGUAUUGGGUCAUACAUACUAACGGAACUGAGGUGGAUCGGCCUUUUAUCAACACCAUUAAUGAAUGUUUAGGGCUGUGGCUUCAGUUGGACGCGGACUUCCCGUGUGCUGUAUGCAGACAAUGCACUAUUGAAUUGGAACGGAUAACGGAAUUUCGUGAAAAGUGCCAUCUGUGCCACCAAGCUCUAAAAGCAAAACGGCAACUAGAUUCAUCAACAAUAAAGCUUAAAAAUAAGAAUUGGAUAAGUAAACCACCAGUGGACGAAGAUAUUGAGGAGCAAAUAAUUGCAGCUACUUGUGUAAAAGCGGAGAAACAGAAACCUGAGGUACCUUACAAAUGCCGACUAACACAGGUUGAAAAGAAAAUGGCACUGAAGAGUUAUUUUGACUCCUAUAAGAAAUGGGCAAGAUUACCAAAGGAUGAUGACGAAAAAACCAUUUCUGCAUCCGAAGCAGAGGAAUUUACGGACGACGAUGUUGACUCUGCAGCCGAAGAACUAAGUUCAAAUCAAGAAUUUUCUGACCCUAGAAAUCCAUUGUUCUGUUGCUUGUGCGAGAGCUUUUUGGAUUCUUCUGAUAACUUGAAAGGUCAUCUCGCGUUACAUCAUCGCAAUGAUAAAGGCUUUUCUUGCAAUAAAUGUGGUAAACAUUUUGUUGCUUAUGGACUUCUCAAACAGCACUGGCUGCGUCACGAAACUGAACUCAUGAUUCACUGUGCCAAAUGUGGCCUGCAGUUUUGGCGUCAAACAGAGGUACAAGCACAUCAGAAAUCUGGUGAUUGUAGAAAUAAGAAGCCCAUGUUUUGUAAAUGUGAAUACUGUGACCGAAUAUUCUCUAACAGAGGCCGAUACCUAUUUCAUCUGAAAGCUUUACAUCCAAAUCGGCAAGUUACAAAAUCUACAACGGAACGAACAUCCAUGCUGUCACAAGACAAAUCUGCACCAGCAGUUAAGCUCGUAAGUGAUACUCACGCCAUUAAACACGAGCGAUGUGAAGUAAAGUUACAACCGAUUACAAAAAGAAAAAAACGCAAUCGUAAAAAAGCUCGUCCACAGGGUUCUAAAAAGAGAAAGAACAAAUUGCAAUCAACUCGAGUUAAGCAAACAACUAAAACAUCGGAACCAGCCAACGUUGUUUGUAUUGCUUGUUUUAUACAAUUCGAGACCAUAGCAGUUUUUAAACUGCAUGUGAAUCGUUGCUUCGGUAGAGACAAAACACAUCCGGUGCCAUGUGUUAUUUGCCACUGUACUAUUUGUGAACCAAUAUUUCACAAAACAGAACAAUAUACGGUUCAUGUGCAGCAACAUGGUCAACCAGCCGAUACAAAACCGCAUGACUGCCCAGUCUGCAUUGAGUGGACGACGAAAGUUAAUCACAAUUCCGUACAACAAAGAUCUAAUUCUCCAUUAACCAUUCUCGGCGAGUAAAUACAUGUAGUUUACUGUUAUCGAAGUAUAUUGUAUUUCCGACCUACAUAUUCGUGUUAAUAAUCAUCAUUUUCAUAUAA